CGAAGGGCUUGUCAUGUCAAACAAACCGAAAAAUUCGCCUUGUUAACAAUUUUCCUUCGUUCAAAAUUAUGUUCAAAUCGGCCAACGACCUCAAAGAUGUCAUAUCUUUGGCUGUUUUCUCCGAAUCGGACAACACCAUGCUAUUAAUCGAAAACAACAACGAGCUUUGGCUCCCAUGCACCGAAGAAAUCGGCAGCGUAUGGAAUAACUCCGCCAUGAAAGAAAUCUCCGAAAUAUUCGGACCCGACCAAAAGGCGGAAAUUAAAAUCCUGCGAAUAUCCAAGUUGAAGAUUUCCUGGCACACGGUUCCCUACGUGCUCAACGUUAUAUUCCAAUUAAACGUCGACAACAACACCAAAGGCAAGUCGAAGAACACCAUGGGAAAGUAUCGAGGAAAGUGCCGCUGGGUGGGGCAAAACGAGCUGGCGAAGCUGCUCCAAAGUCACAGUUUAAAGAGCCCCGAAUUAAUCGAGAUUUUCUUCUUGGGACGACAGGAAAUGGUGCCGGGCAAUUACGAACACGCCAAGGAAGUGGUGUACCUGCAGAACCUGCUGGAAACUACGGACGAAAAUUUCGCCACCGGUAAAUCGGAAUACUCCCAAAUGGUAGAGGCCGCAGGAAUCGACAUGCUGGGCCAAGAAAUGAUAUUAAAGGAAUUCGUAACCUUAACAUUCCCCGCCUAUUACAUGAACUUAAUACCGUUCUCGAAAGUUGCAGUCGCUUUGGGGUGGAGUAAAGACAACAUCCAAAGCCUAUUUUUUGCGGCCGACAUUAACAGACGUUGCGGGCUGUCUUUUAAGGAAUUUCUGGUAUUUAUAGCGGGCGUGGAUCCGCAAACGACGCACGGCGGCCCGUACGCUGAUAUUAGAAGCCAAUACAUCUUCAGAUAUUACGACAAAGACCGCGACGGUGUAAUCAAAGGCGAAGACUUCAAAAGCCUCAUCGCGGAUUUGAGGAAAGUGAAAAAAAAUCCGGUGGAUCCCCAAUCCGUCGCGAAAGAAGCUGCCGAGUCCUAUAAAUCCAUGGGCAUGCCCGAAGGGAAUCCCAUAACUGAACACGAUUUUCUCAAAGCCGUCACCGAUUUGAAGCUUCGCGGAACCGGCGCUCUGUUCAGAUCGCCCACGGGAAUCCUCCAAUUUUUAAAAGAUUCUGCCAAACCAAAGGUCGCCGGGGUCCCUUCUGCCCCAGCUCCUGCUGCCGCUCCCGCCGCACCUGAACCUGGUGAAAAGUCGCAAGUUGUAAGAACCAUAAAUUAUCUAAUAGCGCAUCAUACAGUGAAGAUUCAAAGGAGCGGUCAAGCGUUGAACAUCGACGAACUGCGACAAAUCCAAGAUGCGGUAUCGCUGCAAACGAUGAAAUUGCCGCUCAACGAGCAAGCCCGCCGCUUGUCGAUGGACAUCUUCAGCCAACGAUCGAUCACCAACGAAGUCCUGAAGGGCCUGCGCUACCUGACCUCCAUCAACAAGGUGUCCCAGCCGGGCUCGAACUACACCUGGGGCCAAUUGGACCCGGCCCAGUUCGCGCGCAACGUCAUGAACGUGGCGUUCCAGGUGAAGGACGUGUACAAGGCCGAGCCCAGGCUGAUGGAGCUGCGAUCGCCCGUCUACAUUAUGGGCGACUUCCACGGCAACGUGGCCGAUCUGCUCUACUUCGAGAAGAACCUCUGGCACAUCGGCCCCGGAUUGAGCCCGUGCACGUUGCUCUUUCUCGGCGACUACGUCGACAGGGGGGCUUACAGCAUCGAGGUGAUAUCGUACUUGUUCUCGUACAAGCUGCAGAGCCCCAAGAAAAUCUGCAUGUUGAGGGGCAACCACGAGAUUAGGGAAAUCCAGAAGAUGUUUACCUUUCAAAAGGAAUGUGCUAUCAAAUUUGGGGAAAAAUUAGGAUUGGAAGUUUGGAAUUCGUUGAACAACGCUUUCGAUUGCAUGCCGAUCGCUGCAACAGUUGAUGGCAAAAUUUUUUGUUGCCACGGGGGAGUGCCUCCGCCGUGGCUUUGUCCCGUGAUAACGGCCAUCAACGAGAUCCCAGUGCCCCUGAGCCAGCCGGACGCGCAGAGCUCACUGGCUUGGGAGAUCAUGUGGAACGAUCCGGUCAGGCAGAAAAACAUGGACGAGAAACUGCAAGUGGAACUUCUCGCGAACGAAGGAUUCGCGGUGAACACUAGAAGGGGUACGGCUCACGUGUUCAGCGUGGAGGCUCUGGAGAAGUUUUUGAAGGUGAACCAACUGACGCAUUUCGUCAGGGCUCACGAGGUAGCCGUGGCCGGAUUUCAGCUGUUGCAAAAGGGCAAACUCUUGACGGUGUUUUCGUCGUCGAAGUAUUGCGGUGGUAAUAACGAUGCCGCGUGCAUACUGGUCGAUUCGGGGAAAAUGAGGGUACUCAGACUGGAAACAAAGUCGGAAUAAAAUGUUGAACCUGUUAAAAAACUGUAUUUUUGGCGUUUCGUUUAGAAUAGCCCGUUUUCUAAUUGUUCGCCGAUGGAUAAUUCGUUUAUGAAAUCGAUUUUUUCCGGUAUCUUUUUAACGGACGCUGCGAUAUUUUCGAAAUUGUAAAUUAUCUAAAAAGAUCGAACUCUUUAAUUGGCAAUUUAAUUUCUUAUGAUUGUUUUUAUGAAACUUACUUCUAGAAAAGCAAUAUAGUCAAUAAAUCCAUCAUGAUCAGCAUCGAC